AUGUUCAGGUCUUGGGAGUACGUCGUUCAAGGCCAAUACGACCGCUUGGCUGAGCAGCCGGACUUUGCUCCAAAGCUGGUGUCCUGCUUCCCAGAGGAUGCAGUUGCAAGUGCUCGGAGCCGAGGUGUGGCCUUUGUUUGCACCCGCGGCCGAAGAGCUGAUGCUGGGGUGCCGAACCAGGACGACUUUGUUUUAGCAAGGCACUCCCUGGCCCAUGAUGGGCACAUCGCACUUUAUGGAGUCUUCGAUGGCCAUGGCCAAGCAGGACACCAUUGCGCUGCAUAUGCUCGCGGGGUUUUGCCGGAGAGCCUUUUUGGCCAAGGGUCAUUGAUUGCAGGGCCUGAAGAAGCUCUGCGAGUGGCCUUUGCUCAAGUACAGGAGGGACUGCUGCAGCAGGACUUUGACACCGAGACCAGUGGCACCACAGCCACUGUGGCAUUGGUUCUUCAUUUCCCUGUCUCAGAGGAAGACCCAGAAUUGCAGGGCGAGAGUUGGCUAUAUGUGGCCAACGUGGGAGACUCUCGUGCUGUUCUGGUCUCUCGAACGGGAGAAGACCGCUCAGAAAUCUCGGUCAACCGGCUGACGCGGGAUCACCGUCCAGACGACUUGGCAGAAGCGGAACGGAUCCAAUCCGAAGGCGGUGAGGUCCGCCGGCUGAGACCUGGGAGCGGCACCUCGCGCAUCUUUGCGCCAGGGUGCCAGUGGCCGGCUAUGGCCUUGUCCCGGUCAUUGGGCGCCUCCAUCGCUGGCACAUGUGGUGUCAGCUCAGAACCUGAGGUGGCAUCUGUCCGCAUCGCCAAUGGUGCUGACGAGCUUUUAGUGCUUGGCACUGACGGACGGAAGACUCUUCGAGUUCUGCAGCACCAAGGAGGUUGCAACCCGCUUGUGUCGGGCCCUCAGUACAUCUCAUCACUCGCUGCCCCGAAGUGGCACGGCUGUCGAGGUACCGAGGGUGUGUCAGAUGAAGUGCUCGAGGACAUGGUGAUGUGUGCUCUGUGGCCCGAAGGCGUUGGGCUAGGAGUCAGGGACCUGGAGCGGAGGACGUUUGAAGCAAGAUGGUCAAUUGGUGACAGUUGCGGUGAAGAUGGUUAUCUGAGAAAGGCCAUGCAGCAACCCUCAGUGAUGUUUCUCCAGCGAUUCUCAGGUUCUUACAAUGACACUGUGGAUGACAUCACGGCCAUCGCGGUCUGGUUCUCGGACCAGAGAAUUGAAAGCCGCUGGUGUAGGGAAUGCUUCACAUGA